AUGUCUGCUGAGUUUGAUGACGAGGAAGCCCCUCCGGAGCUCAUUGAUGUGUCUGCCAUGCCAGCAGAGCCGGCUGAAGAACCACCUGCAGCUCGAGUGCCCAUCACGCUAGUUACUGGUAUGAUCUGGCAAAUGUAUCUGUCUGAAAUAAGGGCUAUAAAGCUAACUUCUGAAACAGGGUAUCUGGGCGCAGGGAAAACGACCUUGUUGAAUUACAUUUUAACGGAGAAACACGGCAAGAAAAUCGCCGUGAUCAUGAAUGCCACCGACAUUGAAAAACCAAUGACCGUCAAUGAGGAUGGCAGAGAAGUCACUGAGUGGAUGGAAGUUGGUAACGGCUGCAUCUGCUGCUCAGUCAAAGACACUGGCGUAAUGGCCAUCGAGUCCUUGAUGGAGCGUCGUGGCACAUUCGAUUACAUCUUGCUAGAGACCACCGGACUAGCAGACCCAGGUAACAUCGCCCCAAUUUUCUGGAUGGACGAAGGGCUCGGAAGCUCUAUCUACCUUGAUGGAAUUGUUACUCUCGUCGACGCAAAGAAUAUCACCCGUCUGCUGGACGAGCCCGCCCCCGAAGAGAAGGCCGAGUCUCACGAUCAGCACCACGAUCACGGCAGUGGACCCGUUUUGUCAAUGGCGCAUAUGCAGAUCUCGCAUGCAGACGUGGUUAUCUUGAAUAAGACCGAUCUUGUCACUGAGCAAGAGCUGGAGGCUGUUCGGGAUCGUGUCGCAUCCAUCAACAGCGUGGCUAAGAUCCAUGUCACUGACCAUAGCCGCACGCCGCAGAUCGAAGGCGUCGUGCUGGAUUUGCAUGCUUAUGAUCAUUUGGCGGAUCUCGAUUUCAGUAAGAAGGGUCACAGCCAUAUGGAUCCGGCAAUUUCUACGACUGCCAUCGUCACACCUCCAAUUCCAGCAGAUAAAGUCAACUGCGUGGAUGAAUGGCUGCGCUCUGUUUUGUGGGAUACAAAGUUUCCAGCUCCUCCGACUUCGAUCUCGGCCGAGCCACACCCAGACAACUUUGAGAUUCACCGGCUGAAAGGUAUUCUGAUCCUCAGUGAUGGAACUAGCAGGAUCAUUCAGGCAGUGCGAGAUGUCUUUGAAAUUAGGGACGCCGAACCCAUAGAUACAGAGGACAAGUCCAAGCCACUCCAGUGCAAGAUUGUACUGAUUGGACGCGGAUUGGGCUCAUCCGUAGAACCCUGGCGGGAAAGCUUUGAAGCUUGCCUGGCGAAAUGA